UCCUAUGAGACGUCAUGAAGGAUUUUAUUUUGAAAACUGUGGCUGGCCGGAAAACGUAUUUGUCAUCCAGGGAGCGAGGAUAAACUAGCUAAGCUUGCAAGUUAAUGUGUUCACUAAUAUAGAGAAGGGAGGAUGAGCAGUUCAGAGGAGGUGUCCUGGAUAUCCUGGUUUUGUGGACUCAGAGGGAAUGAGUUCUUCUGUGAGGUUGAUGAAGACUACAUACAGGACAAGUUUAACCUGACAGGUUUGAAUGAGCAGGUGCCUCACUAUCGCCAGGCUUUGGACAUGAUUCUUGACCUGGAGCCAGAUGAGGAACUUGAAGAUAACCCCAAUCAGAGUGACUUGAUAGAGCAGGCGGCAGAGAUGCUCUACGGGCUCAUACAUGCACGUUACAUCCUCACAAACAGAGGCAUUGCACAAAUGUUGGAAAAGUAUCAACAAGGGGAUUUUGGCUAUUGCCCCAGAGUCUAUUGUGAGAAUCAGCCAAUGCUUCCUAUUGGUUUGUCAGACAUCCCUGGAGAAGCAAUGGUGAAGCUUUAUUGCCCAAAGUGUAUGGAUGUUUACACCCCCAAAUCCUCCAGACACCACCACACAGAUGGAGCCUAUUUCGGGACAGGGUUCCCCCACAUGCUGUUCAUGGUGCACCCAGAGUAUCGUCCAAAGCGACCAGCCAAUCAGUUUGUGCCAAGGCUAUAUGGUUUCAAAAUUCACCCAAUGGCUUAUCAACUCCAACUUCAGGCUGCGUCAAGUUUCAAGAGCCCAGUCAAGACAAUUCGCUAGAACGCCGCUUCGAGGAACACAGUGGACUUAAAGACUUUGUUGUUUACUACUUGUUUGGAGGAAUGGAUUACAUAUUCUCAAUGAAUGCCUGUACAGUUUCCAAAAACUCACCUAGACACUUACAUUCAGACAUUUCCCCACAUUUAGUGAAACACAGUUACAGUUGAGCAGGUUAGUUUCUUUCAGAUUCAACAUGUAAUUAUUCUCAAAGUCCCGAUAGUGUUUAACUUUAAUUGAUGUCAAUCUAUCUUUUCACAUUUUAGGGUCGUUUCUCCGAAAACAUAAAAGUGGCUUUAACUCUGUGAUAACGAAGGUUACGUUGUGCUUUGAGGCUUAUUUGCAGGUGAUUGAAUGUAACAGAAAAUCUUGCCACCAGCCCGACAGGUUUGCCUUAGCAGUGAUCGAGUCAGUCCAUACUUUUGAAAGUCAACAUUAAAUCAUAUUAACUUGUGAGUGUAAAUGUGAUCAGGUGCUAUGAAUACCUAAAUUAGAGGUAGAAACUAAGGAACUUAUCUCAAAAAUGGACCUAUGCUUAAACUUUUAAGUUUCCUUGAAAUUCAGUGGUUAUACAUGUACUUGAUUGUUUAGGCAACUGUAACAAUGCUUUCCUGAUGGUCUUGUAUUUCAUGUUUACAUUACUCGGUAUUACAAUCUUGACAGAUUUGACAUUUGUUCCUCGAGAGUUUGGUGUCGAUUGAAUGUGCAGCAACGUCUACUGUGGAGCAAGUGAAUGGCAUUAAAUAUUUAUUUCUUA